AUGAUAACGCUUAGAAGAUCUUUCUCUUAUAAGAAGUUUAUCUCUUUAUAUGGUCCGUGUACUUUUAAAAGAUUUGUAACGUAUUAUACUACAACGCAUGAAUACAUUAAAAUAAAUGAACAAAAUUUGAAUGAUUUAAAAAAUAAAAACAACGUGCAAUGUAAAAUAGGAAUAAGCAGUUAUGGAACUGAAAAAUUAGGAGAAAUUGUUUAUAUAGAUAUAACACAUAACAUAAAUGAUUAUAUAAAAAAGGGGGAUUGCAUAGCAACCAUUGAAAGUGUUAAAAGUGUAGGGGAUGUAUAUACCCCUAUUAGUGGUAAAAUUGUCGACAUAAAUAGUAAAGUAAUAGAUAAUGUCAAUUUAAUGAAUGGACAUUCCGAAUCCGAAGGAUGGAUUAUGGAAUUAUUAACAAACGAUAUAAAUGAAAAAGAAAUAAUGGACAGUACUGAAUAUAAGAAAGCAUGUGAAGAAGAAGAACAAAAGGAAGAAAAGAAAAUGGAACAGAGUGAAAUUAAUUGCCUAGAAGAGAAAAACAAAAAUAAAAUUUUUGAUUUAAAUGAUAUCAAAAGCAUUGAAAAUAAAGGGAAAAAUAAUUAA